CUAAAAGAGGAGUACAAACUCAGUUCCUAGUAUUAAUUCCGUCUGGGCGGACAGGCCCGCACCGACACAUAAAAUAUAACACCCUGAAGUAGCCCAUUAGUAGUAUCCAGCCAUCCAAUAGAAUUCGAUAACUUUCAACAGCAACAUUCGUACACCAGGAUAGCCAGGAUUUACUUAGCAGUUUACAGGAUCGAGAAGAAUUUUUACUAGGAAUUGAAAACCACUGACAACCAGGAACCAUAUUUUAAAUUUAACCCUCUGAGGAUGUCGCAAGUGAUGCAGAUGACCCGCCACGUGACCUCCUGGCUGGGCUGGACACCGGCAUCGCCGUGCGAUGGCCUGCCGGCGGAGGAGGAGGAGGAGCCGCUCCAGGAGUCGUCCGGCUUCAUCACCGUCCUGAUUCUCUACCUGGGCAUGGCCGGUCUCUUCGCGGCCCUCAAUCUCUGCACCUCCUCUGCCAAGCGGGAAUUGCCGGCGCUGGAGCCGCGGCAGGUGCAGGUGCGUCUGGGGCGGCACGGCAGGAGCACUACGGGUUCAUCCCUGCGGCCAUCUUGGCUGGUCAACCUGACAUCGCUGAUCCGCGAAGUGGCUGCCCCCCGGCGACCCCAUAUCCUUUUGCAGCAGCAGCAGCGAUUGCGGAUGCGCCUGCUCCGGCAGAAGGAACAGGAGCUGGAAAUGGAAAUGGACAGCGAGUGGCAGGAGCAUCCCACUUGGCAGGAUGUCUUCGACGAGGAGGAGCCGGUGGUCCCCGGCUGUUUCACGCCAAAUUGCCAAAAGGCCACCUACUUUGACCUUCCCUCAGAUUCCGAAUAAAGGGCAAUCAUCCAUCCACCGAACUAUUCCAAAUCAUACAGUACGAUUCAAAAUGUGGCAAUAAAGAGUCAAGAAAAUAAAAAUCUCAAA